UAAUAAUAAUUAAUUUGUAAUUAGAAAAACAAUUUUAAUAUUAUAGAAAAUAUAAGGAUAUUUUCAGGAAUUGAUAAAAAAAUUUAGGCUUAAAAAAUAAAUAUCUAGUUUACACUAGCUAAUUGGAAAUUUGGAAUUUGGAAUGCAGUUUCGAAGUAAACAGUGUAAAAAUACAUAAAUAUACAUUUUUCGAUGGGCUGAUGAAGAAGAGCUUGAUGGAGCUGAUAGUCUAACAGACAAAACCCUUGGAUUAUUCUAAAUUGUUCUAAAUCUUCAAAGGCUUUUUAUCAAUUGAAAAAAAAAGUUACAUCAACAAUUUCGAAACAAUAAAACGUAAAAUAUAAUUAAAUUAUAAAUUAUAUAAAAUGGGUACUGUAGAGUAUGGCCUAUCAUCAAACGGAGGAUUGAUGCCUCAAAUUCAAGCUUUAAUAGCACCACCAGUUUCUGAAGAAGUUAAAUCAAAUAAAUAUAAAAGGAAUAGAGAAGAUAAGCGUCAUCCAUAUUUCAAGAGACCUGGACGUGGACAUAAUAGAGAUUCUUGUGAUGCUUGUCGUGAUGGUGGUGAAUUAAUUUGUUGCGACAAAUGUCCAGCAUCAUUUCAUCUUCAAUGCCAUGAUCCACCUCUUGAUUCAACUGACAUACCAAAUGGUGAAUGGAUGUGUCACUCGUGUCGUUGUUCAACAAAAAAAGAUAAAGAAAAUUUAAAUGGAAAAAAAAAAAAUAAAUCAGCACUUGAAGUACUUGCAUUUGCUGCUGCAUUAGCAAAUCCACGUGAAUUUGAAUUACCACGUGAAUUAAGAUUACCAAUAACAUUUCCUGGAACUGAUAAAAUUGAUGUAACAUCUGGUAAACGUGGUAAGCAACAAAGCUCACAAUCAAAUAAUGGAAAAUCUCAUUGUUUAGAUUCUGGAUUAAUGGUACCAUUACCAGCAAGAUUAUGUUUUGAAUGUGGUAAAAGUUGUAAAAAAGCACCACUUAUUGCAUGUGAUUAUUGUCCACUUUAUUUUCAUCAAGAUUGUCUUGAUCCACCAUUAACAGCAUUUCCAAGUGGUAGAUGGAUGUGUCCAAAUCAUCCAAAUCAUUUUAUUGAUCAAAAUUUAUUACAAUCAUGUAAUGCAACUGAUCGUUUAAAGCUAUGGGAUCAAUUUGCUAAUCGUCAAAUUGAUCCACAUGCUAUUAAACUUGAAUUUAUCAAAAAAGCAUAUGCAACUAAUCCAUUAUUUCGUGUUAAACUUGGUGUUAAUGGUAGAACUAAAGUUAAAGUACCAGAAACAAUUAAAUAUCAUUAUAGAAAUCCAACAGAAUUAAAUUCAAUAAAUACAAAUCGUGAUAAAUAUUUUAUACGUCCAAAUAUUGAUACAGCAACAACAACAACAUCAUCAACAAAAACAAGUACAACAAAUAAGCAAAAUGAUAAUAAUUGUAUCAAUGAAAAUUCAACUACCAAUGAUGACAAUGUUGAUGAUAAUGAUAAUGAAGUUAUGGAAAUAAAUGCAAAUAAAGAUAAAAAAAAUAUAAAUGACAAUGAAAAUCUAUAUGUAAAUAAUAAUAAUAAUACAAAUAAAAUUAAUAUUGAUUAUGGUUAUACAAUAAAAGAAGGUGUUCAAUUAUUAGAACGACCAGUAUUAGAAGCACUUGCACAACAAAGAUUAGAACAAAUAUUAAAUCCUCUUGGUAAUGAUUAUGAUAUAAUAAAUGAUAAUAAUGAAGCAAGAGCAGCAUUAUUUCCAUUAAGUAGAAAACCAGGACCACCAGCAUUUAUGAUUAAAAAAACAUUGACAAUUGGUAAAGGUACAAAUUGUGAUGUAUCACUUGAUAAUUAUGGUUAUUGUAAUUCAAUAUCAUCAAAACAUGCUGUUAUAUUUUAUUGUGAAACAACAAGACGUUAUGAAUUAUUAAAUUACAGUGAAUUUGGUACAACUGUUGAUAAUGUUUUUUAUUCAUGUGAUUAUACAUCAUUAUCAAUUAAUCAAGAUAAUAAAAAUGAUGAUUUAUUAACUGAUAAUUGGCAAUCAUUUAAAACAAAUAAAACAUCUAAUUUAUCUAAAAAAAUUACUAGUAAUAAUAAUAAACAACAAAAACAACAACAACGUACUCCUUGUAAAUGUUCUGUACUUGAUCAAGAUGAUGAAAAUGAAGUUUAUACACAAGCUGGCUGGGAAGGAAGUGCUAUUGUUGCUCAUGGUUCAAUUUUAACAUUUGGAUGUUUAGUAUUUGUUUUUAGUACUGUUAAUCCACAAACGAAAAAUUAAUACUUCAUAAAAAAAUUCAUAUAAUAUUGAUCAUUAAUAUAUAUAUGCACAUUUUUAAUUAUUUUUUUAAAAAGAAAUCUUUUUUUUUUUUGUUGUUUUAUAAUGAAUUUAAUUCAUGGAAAAAUAAUGUUAAUAUUUGUCGUUUGUCUGGUACAUAAAAUGACAAUUACACAAUUAAAUUUUGCUACUUAAUUAUUAUAAAUUUUUUUUUUUUCAUCCUGAAAUUCAUAGUAUUAUUAUUAUUAUUUUAAUUUUUAAUUAUCAUUAAGAAUUAUUGAGAUAUUGAUAAUGAAUUUUUUUAUUUUUUAAUUGAAUUUAUUUGAUGGAUUAUCACAGACUUUAAUCAUGUCUUUGCCUGUAAAAAUAUUAAUAUUAAUUGUUUAUAAUUAAAGAUAUUAAAUAAAAUUUAACAAUUAUUUUUUAAAUAAUAAUACUUGACAUAUUAACAUUUAUCAAAUAUAUUUAAAAAUUGUAAAUUAUUAUUUUCUAAAAUAAUACAAAUUUAUUUAUAUUUUUUCAAAUGUUUUUUCUUUUCUUUUUUUUUUUUGUAAAUAAUUUUUAUUUUAGAAAAAUUGUCAAAUAAUAAUUCGAUGUUUUUUUUUGUAUAUUAUUUUUUGUUUAUUUUUGUAAUUAGCAUUAUCGUUAUUGAGAUCCCU